AUGUCCACAACAAGAAUCUUCAUACUUACAACAAAACUUAAUAUAUUAUAACAAAAGUUACAAAGAUGAAUGUCAAGCCCGUUAUCUUCUUGUGCUUCCUCUACGCACUACUUCUCAUCGCUUCUGAAGCCACUGAACCGUCCAAAGAUGAAAAACAAGCAGAUGAAGCAGAAGUAUCAAAAACAAAUGUUGGUAUAGACAGCUGGGAAGCAAAACCUCUCAGAGGACCAGGCGGCGGAGGUCCAGGUGGAGGAGGUCCAGGCGGAGGAGGACCAGGCGGCGGUCCAGGUGGAGGAGGACCAGGUGGUGGCGGACCAGGCGGCGGUCCAGGUGGAGGAAGACCAGGUGGUGGAGGUGGAGGACCAGGCGGCGGUCUAGGCGGCGGGCCUCACGGAGGCCGCGGUGGCGACGGACCAGACAGAGGUCCUGGCGGUGGAGGGCCAGGAAGAGGCCCCGGUGGAGGAGGUCCUGGUGGAGGAGGGCCAGGAAGAGGUCCCGGUGGAGGAGGACCAGGCAGAGGUCCAGGAGGCCCUCCUGGCGGAGGAGGAGGUGGAGGACACGGUGGUAGAGCGGAGAAAAGUGAAGGAUCCAAAACUAAAGGGGGAUCACAUGGAGGUGGUGGAAGUGGACACAAUGGUGGAGGAGGUGGAGGAGGUGGAGGACACGGUGGUGGAGGAGGUGGAGGACACGGUGGUGGCAAAAAAGGAGGACGUGGGGGAAGUCCAUGAAAACAAUAACACGUGCACACAUGCAUGCAUGUGUGUAAAUAAAGUUGAAGUAAAAAAUGUAAAAUAAAGCAUGGAGUGUAUCAUCAUAUUUCAUGGCUAGUUUGUCAUAGGAUGAAUGUUCCGUUUUUUAGUUAAUAAUGUUGCUACUUAUAUCUAGUUAA